AUGAGCAGCACUUUCGUGACCCUGGCGGAGGUGCUGGAGGCCAGGGGGGGUCCUCUGGAGGAGGACGAGGUGUGGGCGCUGCUCCUAGCGACAGCAGAGUCCUUGCUGGAAAUCUCCUACACAGGCGGUAGCAGCAUGUGCAGUAUCAUCAGCCCCGGGUCCUUCCUGCUGUCGGGGAGCGGCAGCCUGGCGUUUAAGAACUGCACUCCGUCCGACGCCGUCGGCACCUUCAUCGCCCCGGAGACGCUCCAGGGUCGCCACGGCAACAGCAAACUGGCCACAGAGAAGAUGAUCAUUUACUCCCUGGGAAUGAGUCUGUACUGGUCGGCUGACUUUCACCUUCCUCAGAAUCAGCCGAUCCAGCUGAGUGACACCUUGAACUGCCUUCUACUGAGCAUGUGCGAAGAAAUGGCCUUCAAGAGGGUCAACCUCAACAGCAUUUUGGAAGUGUGCGAGAUGCACCACAAGAGAGCCCUCCUGCCCCCUCCCAGUAAAGUCAUCCAGCGCCUGGUGGAGGACGUCUUCCGCGACUCUGUGAGUGUGGAUUCCUUGUCUGAUGCAGUUCCACUGAGUGACAGGAGUGACAUGAUCAGAGAGAGGCUGCACGGUAAACGGGGACCAUACUCUGUUUUUAGCAACACUAACAUUCCGGGAGAAGGUUCCAGAUUGCCAUCGGAUUCAGAGAGCAAGCCAGGCCUACACCAGCAGGCAGCUUGGGCCCAGAAGAACAGCAGCUCUGUGUUUCACUCGUACCAGACCAACCCUGAGCGAAUUCCCCGGAGGCUUCACCACAGAGGGAGUGACAGCAGCUGGAUCUCGCGGAGCCCCCGCCUGGACGUCCCGCGACCGGCGGAGCCCAGACCCCCGUCCUCCACCAUGAGCGACUCCUUGAUCAGCCUCACCCAAAGGAGGACCAUGAGUCUGGGACCGGAGUUCACCAAGGUGAUGGAGGAGCCCCAUACGGUCUUGGAGCUUCCUGGAUCCAUUGUGUCAAAGAAAGGGAAGUCCUGCUCGUCCCAGCGGACCCUGAGCGUCAUCAUGCCGAACGGCCAGGGGAUCGUGGUCAAGUGUGACAUCAAGUCCAGGGGGAGGGACGUGUUCGACAUGGUGGUGGCCCACGCCAACUUGGUGGAGCACUUCUACUUUGGCCUUGCUUUCCUCGAUGAUAAUGAGUUUUUCUUCUUGGAACACGAAACUAAAAUCUCCAAAGUUGCGCCUGACUGUUGGAAGAAAUUUGCUGCUGCUAGUUUUGUUCUCUUUCUUCGAGUCAAGUUUUUCGUUGACGACAUUGGGUUCACUCUGCACAAACUGACACGGCACCAGUACUACUUGCAGCUGCGGAAGGAUAUCCUGGAGGAUCGGCUGCACUGCAACGAAGAGACGGGACUGCUGCUCGGAGCGCUGGCGUUACAAGCCGAGUAUGGGGACUACAUGCCUGAGGUUUAUGGGAAGAACUACUUCCAGCCGGAGCAGUACGUCUCCAAGGCUGUGCUGGGGAAGAUGGCCCUGCACUGUCUGAAGGAAGAGUUGCCAAGACAACACGCCAAUAAUGCCCAAAUGCUUCCGGAAGAAGCUGAGCUGGAGUUUUUAAAGGUUGCCCAACAGCUCCCAGAGUACGGAGUGCUGUUCUACCGUGUGGCUCGGGAGAAGAAGCCUGUCAUUGGAGAACUGGCUCUGGGAAUAUGUGCCAAAGGACUCAUAGUCUACGAAGUCAAAAAUAAUUCCCGGAUUGCGAGCCUCAGAUUCCAGUGGAAAGAAACGGACAGCAUUUCCGCAACCCGCCGGAAGUUCACCGUCGAAAGUAGCUGCAAUGGGAAAAAGCACACCUUCGUCACCGAGAGCUCAAAAAUCUCCCAGUACCUGCUCAACCUCUGCUCCUCCCAGCACAAGUUUCACAACGAGAUGAACUCCCGGAAGAUGAGCCAGAGUCUGGCCUCAGACGAGAACAUCUGGCGGUACGCGGACGCGUGCCGGUCGCAGCAGGAGCGCAUGAAGCGGCUGUCCUGCUCGGAGACGGUGCUCCCGCGGGCGGGGCUGAGCCUCCUGCCCUGCGACGGCCUCAGUAAGUCCUGCGAGGACCUGCCCGCCAAGCUGGAGCAGCGGAUCAGAGAGCAGCGCCUUCUCCACGACGCCGGGGAGCAGCGGCGCGACUGCAGUUCUCCAGAUCCUAUUCCUCGUGCCCUGUCCAACUGCUCCCUGCAGAAAAAUGACUCAGAAGCACACUCCAUCACCUCGUCCACCAUCAGAGUGGACACCCCAAGUAGAGUGACUCCAGAGAGAGAAAUUAUAUGUGUAUCCCUGAAGAAGGACCCCAAACUUGGCCUGGGCUUUAUAAUCGUUGGAGAAGACAACACAGGGAAGCUGGAUCUGGGGAUUUUUAUUGCGUCUAUUAUACCGGACGGGCCAGCCGAUAAAGAUGGGCGUAUCAGACCAGGUGGCCGGCUGAUCUCCCUCAACAAGACCAGCCUGGAAGGGGUGACGUUCAGCACCGCCGCCAACAUCCUGCAGAGCUGCCCAAACGAAGUGGAGCUCAUCGUGUCCCAGCCCAAACCGACGCUGCGGGACAGUAAGAGCUCUCUGACGCAGAGCAGCGUGGGGCUGAUGAUGGAGCACAGCUUCGACUCGCAGACCACCCUGUCGGCGGAGUACCGGCCCGCCGUGGAGGAGCUGGAGGAGGUGCUGUCGGGCAUCAUGACCCCCAAGUCCCUCCGGAGGCUCCACAUCCCGGUGGUGCGCAUCCUGGACGCGCAGGACGGCUGCUCCAGGUCCUCCUCCAUAUCCAGCCUGAGGCCGGCAGAGCUGCUGUUUGUGCAGCUGAAGAAGGAGAAUGGCAGCCUAGGAAUCAGUGUGACUGGGGGCAUCAACACCAGCGUGCGGUACGGUGGGAUUUACAUCAAGAGCCUGGUGCCAGGAGGAGCGGCAGAGCAGGACGGCCGAGUGCUGAUAGGUGACAGGCUGCUGGAGGUAGACGGGACUAACCUGCGUGGCGUGACCCACAAACAGGCCGUGGAGUGCCUGAAGAAGACAGGAGAGGUGGUGAACCUGGUCCUGGAGCGGGAGACCGUCUCAGUGCCCGACUCCGUCAGCAUCGGAAGCCCCAUCACCCCCCCCAGCCAGAGCCCCUCCCCCAUCAGGACACGCCGCCAGCUCACCGCCGUUCCCGUGGAAACGCCCCUGUCCGUCGCCAAGACCGCGGACUACAGCUUUGUGUCGGACGACAACACACAGGAAGUGACUUUGAAAAAGAACCUGAGUGGCCUGGGAUUCAGCUUCCUGAUCUCGGAGCUGGAUUCCCCGGAGGAGGCUGGGAACGGGAACGGGAAUGUUGUCCGGAUAAAGAAGCUAUUCCCGGGACAGCCGGCCAAAGAGAGCGGACUCAUCCAGCAGGGUGACGUCAUCCUGGCCGUCAACGGCGUUCCGCUGAAGGGGCUGUCCUAUCAGGGAGUGCUGCACCUCCUGAGGGGAGCUCCGGAGAGGGUCACCCUGUCGCUGUGCCGCCCCGAUCCGGGAACGCUGCCCGAAUUCGACGCCAACGCCAAGUCUCCCGUUCCCUCUCCUACAAGAGAGCUCAGGUCCAGGUCCAUGGAUCUGAAGCUGGGGGGCGUGAGGUCUGAGUCUAACAGGCAGCUGCUGCAGAGGGUCCACGAGCACACCUGUGCACAGGUGAGCUGCUCUGAGGACACCUGUAGACAGGUGACCAGCCCUGAGGACACCUGUAGACAGGUGAGCUGCCCUGAGAACACCUGUAGACAGGUGACCAGCCCUGAGAACACCUAUAGACAGGUGAGCUGCCCUGAGAACACCUGUAGACAGGUGACCAGCCCUGAGAACACCUGUAGACAGGUGAGCUGCCCUGAGAACACCUGUAGACAGGUGAGCUGCCCUGAGGACACCUGUAGACAGGUGAGCUGCCCAGAGAACACCUGUAGACAGGUGACCAGCCCUGAGAACACCUGGGCACAGGUGAACAGCCCUGAGAACACCUGUAGACAGGUGACCAGCCCUGAGAACACCUGUAGACAGGUGAGCUGCCCUGAGAACACCUGUAGACAGGUGACCAGCCCUGAGGACACCUGUAGACAGGUGAGCUGCCCUGAGAACACCUGUAGACAGGUGAGCUGCCCUGAGGACACCUGUAGACAGGUGACCAGCCCUGAGGACACCUGUAGACAGGUGAGCUGGCCUGAGGACACCUGUAGACAGGUGAGCAGCCCUGAGAACACCUGUAGACAGGUGAGCAGCCCUGAGAACACCUGUAGACAGGUGAACAGCUCUGAGGACACCUGUAGACAAGUGAGCAGCCCUGAGAUCCCCUGUAGACGGGUGAGCUGCCCUGAGAACACCUGUAGACAGGUGAGGUGGGCGGGGCCCCAAGUGAGGUGGACGGGACCCCAGGUGAGGCGGUCAAGCCCAGACGCGAUGACAGAGGCGGAGCUUCAGGCAGACCCCGCCCCCUCCCCCUGCUCCAGCACCAGCAGUGACCCCAGCGACCAGGAAACAGUGUGCGCUGACAACGACCUCUCCACGGCAACAGUUGCCAUGCUGAGGGAGGAGCUAAGCAACAACACCAACACCAAUCACACUGUCACGUCUGAAAGCCCAGUCAGGGAGGACAGCGUCGUGGUGAUGGGGAACGGGCUGACGAUCCUGGAGGAUGAGGAGUACCUGACCAUCACCUCGUCCUUGGAGGCCCUUCCCAGCCUCAGCCCGGGGGCCCCCGGGGCCCCCACCGCCGCGGCCCCGCCCUCCCCGCUGCCCCCCUCCGACUGCGAGCCCGUCCCCGAACCCUGUUACUAUAGCAACGACGUGUGGGAGGGGCCGGAGGAGGAAGAGGAGGAGGAGGAGGACCCGAGGAAGGACAUGAUGAAGGAGUUUGAGCUGAACGUGACCCUGACCAAGUCCUGGAGCGGCAGCUUUGGGUUCACCAUCGCGCGCAGCAAACUGGACGACUGCUACUACGUGCAGGAGGUCCUGGACAACCCCGCCAAGGCCGACGGCCGCUUGCGCGCGGGGGACCGGCUCAUCACGGUGAACGGGCACAGCGUGACGGACGUGACAGACGACGUGGCGAUGAUGAUCCUGCGCUGCUGCUCCAAGCGGCUGAACAUGGUGCUGGGCCGGGCCGUGCAGAACCUGCGGGCCCCACCUGCCCCCGACAGCCUGCCGGACAUCACCCUGUGCAAGACCGCCACCGGACAGAUGGGUAUAAGGCUGACCGGGGGCAUCGGCAGUAAGUGGCAGGGCAUUUAUGUUCUGGAGGUGGUGCCAGACUCCCCCGCCAGCGAAGAGGGCAGCAUUCAGCCCAGCGACAAGAUCCUCUACAUCUGCGGCAAGUGCACCAUGGGAAUGUCCCUGGAGGACGCGGUGAAGGCGUGCGAGGUCGCCCCGCGCAAGGUCAAGCUCAAGGCCACCAGAGAUGACCAGCCCGUGAUGUCGAAGGGCAAAUGGAACGGUUUGUUGGAGUGGAAGAAGGAGAUGCGGUUUUUCCCGCGGCUGGAGGAGCAGAGCGCGGCGGUGGAGGGUAGGGACUCUGUCAAAGCCACGCCCAAGGCAAGUGUGAAGUUCCGCCGGCGUCUCUCCAUGACCUCAGAGCCGGAGAGCUGCGUCCUGCAGGUGGAGUUCCAGAGGCGGGCUCAGGAGGGCCUGGGGUUCUCGCUGGCGGGGGGCGUGAGCGGCAGCGUGCUCAGGGUGAAGGAGAUCUGCGCCGGGAGCCUGGCCCAGCAGGACGGGAGGCUGCAGGAGGGGGACAUCCUGCUGGAGGUGAACGGGAUCAUUGUCUCUGGACUCAGUCACAGUAAGGUGGUGGAUAUUCUGCGUCACACUGAGGGCUCCGUGCAGCUCACGGUCAGCAGAGACAGCCCGCCGCAGGGCCACGCCCACAACCCAGACCACACCCACAACCCCGCCCCUGAGCCUGUGCUCACCACCAAUCAGGAUUCACCAGAGAUCACCAUAGAAACAGAAGCUCAAGAGCAUCUGGUGAAAUCACGGACGUCCUGGAGUGAAGAAAAGCAGGAAGAAUCGCCUGAGAGUUUAGACAAGGAAGGUCGAAACCUUACCCCCACACCCCAGACCUGCUGCCCUCCCCUGUGUGUCUCAGACAUGUUGCAGGACGCCUCUGAUAGAACCCAGCCCCAACACACACACCAAGACACAUCUGCCACGGAAAAGGUCAAAGGUCACUCUCACAGCUGGAGUAGCGAUGAUGAUGAUGAUGAUGAUGAUGAUGAUGAUGAAGACGGAGAUUCGUCUAAGCCCUCUGCUAGCGAGCCCACGCCUCUCUCAGGGCCCCCCAUAGUCUCAGAGGAGGAGCUGUCCAGCCUGCCGCUCAUACGCCCCUCCAGCACUGGCCGAUACUCGGGGUCAAGGGUCAAAGCGCUCAUUCAGAUCCUGCAGCACCAGCUGGACCAGCAGGAGCUGGUGAAGGAAUUCAUGGCACUGGAACAUUUGAAACCCUCCGACAACUGCCUGGUUGGCAAAGCACCGGAAAACCGGGAGAAGAAUCGAUACCGGGAUAUCCUGCCCUACGACGGCACGCGGGUCCUGGUGGGCCCGGCCCGGGAGUACAUCAACGCCAGCCACGUCCGGAUGCGGGUGGGCCCGGACGAGUUCCGCUACAUCUCGGCCCAGGGCCCGCUGCCCGGCACGCUGGACUGCUUCUGGCAGAUGGUGUGGGAGAGCCGCGCCGACCUCGUCGCCAUGAUGACCCGGGAGGUGGAGCGCGGCCGCGUCAAGUGCCACCGGUACUGGCCCGAGAGCGCCCGCGCGCCCCUGGAGACCCAGCGCUACCGGCUGCUGCUGGACAACGCCCAGACCCAGGGCUACUUCCACGUCAAGGUCAUCAGGGUGGUGGAGAAGCAGAGCGGAGAGGAGCGCGUGGUGAAGCACCUGAAGUUCACGCGGUGGCCGGACCACGGCACCCCGCCCAGCUCGGCACAGCUGCUGCGCUUCCUGCACUGCAUGCGGGCGGCGCACGCCCAGGGGCCCCUCAUCGUGCACUGCAGCGCCGGCAUCGGCCGCACCGGCGUCCUCAUCUGCACCGACGUCAUCCUGGGGCUGAUCGAGAGGGACCUGAGCAUCAACGUGAGCGAUAUCGUGAAGGAGAUGAGAUCGCAGCGAUAUGGAAUGGUGCAGACAAAGGAACAGUACCUCUUCUGUUACAAAGUCUGGCUGGACGCUCUGCAGAGCAUCCUGCUCCGGCACGGUAACCGCUGGCAACCGGAAAAACCCCUGUGACUCCCAGCCAAUCCCUGUGAACCACGACUAUUUUCCACAACACUGGUCCCCACUUCCCAAGGAAGAGAUUAUAUCUAUAUAUUUCUAGGCAUAUAUCUAUUUGUAUAUGUUUUUUUUUCUUGUUUUGUUUUUUUUUCGUGUGUGUGAUAUUUCAAUGCUCUGACUACAGCUGAAGUGUGCGGUUUGAUAUUGAGGUAAGCGUAACUAUGCAGUCGUAGCUGUGUUGGUGUCCGCUGUACGGCCGCCCGGUUGUAAAUCUGAAACAGCGAGCAGAUGUUUGGUGCGUAGCGUUGGCCGCGUGCAGAUUUAUGUGCUGCUGUUCAGUUCAGCGUUUGAACCAGGCCGCUGAUUUCAGGGCCUUCUGGGACGUGUAGUCAUCCCACCUUGAACGUUUAGUUGGAAGGAAAUGUAGAAUAAUUUGAAUUUGAACUGCUAAUACUUUUUCCGUUUGUGUUUAAUUCCUCUGAAUUUAAAUGUAGACUGUUUUUUUUUUUUUUUUUACCUUUUCAUUCUCAGCAAUAAUUUGAAAUAUUUUGUAUUUCUUUUUUUGGAUCUAUGUGUCAUUGUGCAGUUUUGUGUUAGGUAAUAGUAAUUAAGAAAACGCAAUUAAGACUUCAUAUAAAAAUGAAGAAACAAGUGAUAAUCAGGGGAAUUAAGUGCUUUUGCAUUCACAUGAAGACUGUUAGCAGGUUUGGUUUUCUUAAAAGGGAAAGGUUUUUUUUUGGUUGGUUUUAUUUGUUGUUUGUUUUGCAGCAACACAUCUGUUCGCUCUCCACGGAUGCUGACUGUAGGUUGUAUGUAUGACAGCCAUCACAAGGAGGAAGAAUAAUGUGCCUUAGAACCGACCAAACUCGGUGGACCUUUUUGGGCAAGUUGCCAUAGCAAUAGCGUUAAAGGCAUUCAUACAGCAGUGAACUAUAGGAGCGUCAUCAAGCCACUGAAACACGUUUCCCCACAGUGUGACGGCUAAGUCUCGCGAAUGUGUGCAUUUAUUACGGUUUUGUGAGCUUGUCAGUCGAGACCUACUCAAACAUUUGCAGCUUCACCUUUGCAUUGUGACAAUAAUGCAGAUAAGUGGAAAAAACUUUGAACUGGCUCAGAUAUUUAUUUGAAAUGUCAACUGUUCAGACGCUGGUAAAAUCAUCAACCGGGCCUGCAGAACCCUGAGAAAUGUCAAUGAAACAAAAACGUACCCUAUAUAAUGAUAUGAAAAGGAUUAAUUUCAGAAUAUUUCUUUUGCAAUCAUUGUUACUGAACCACUACUGGGUGGCCUGUCCUGUUAAGGUACUGUUCUACAGCAGGAAUGAGCCCCGUGGUCUGGUGUGAAUUUCGGACCGUGCCAGUUCCCACUGUGGUCGGCUGCCCCUUUACAGUUACUUCCCUCUGGUGGGAGAGUUUCGGUCUGGUGGGACAACAGGGAUCCAUUACUCAUCAGCGACCCCUACUGGUCACUGGUCAUUCUAGCUGCAAUUCUGUCAGUGGAGCUGCACAUGAAGCGUCUUCCUCCAACUCAUGUCUCUGUGAGCCUGACUUUUAAUAAGAGGUCAGGGAUUCCUGUCACUUCAAUAUGCAAUAUGCCUCCCCCCCACCUAAAGAAUAAUCAGCUGUUUCUUGUAGUGUCUUGCUCACAUGCAGACACUGCUGUCUAUGUUGCUGCUACAACCCAGAAGCCUGACAAUACAGUAAUCCUUCAGCGAACAUGAAUUGUUGAGGGAGAGAUGUUAAUAUUGAUAUUUUUAUAUAUAUCGUUGUCAGCUGUUCCUAAUAUACUGCUUCUUCACCGACAUUUUGCGUUGAUGUUAGCAGUCAUGGGGCCUGACUGUGUACAACGUAAUUCUUCUGAACUGCAUCUUCACAAAGGAUGAACAAUUGCCUUCUCUACUAUGCUAUCAGAUCAACCGUAUUAUCAAGAGCGUGUGGAUAUUCUGUCCUUCGUUCAUACCCUGUGAAUAUAACAGAUUCAUUAUUAAACUGACCGAUUCUAA